UCGACGCAGUGGUAGUGACUCGUCUGCUUGUGGCGCGCGCGUUACGGUGUGUUACGCUGGUCUAAGAGAGCGAGCGAGCGCGUGAGAGGGUUCCUGCCCGAUAGUUCAGAUAGCUUUGGCCGAGACUUCAAGAGAACGCACGCCCGAACGUGAGCCUAGUUGAAGUGUGACCAUCGCGCAUCGUCAAAGACCGUAGACCGCGUGUAGACCCGGUGUCGAGCUUCCCCCGUUAUGGCACUGCGCAGCGCGGUGAUGGUCUGCCUGGGGCUACUGCUACUGGUGGCGCUGCCCUCGGUGCGGACGAACCCUAUCGAUACGCCGACGGGGGGCAGUCCGGCCAGCAGCUCCUCCGUACGGGAUGGCUCUAGCGAAGCGGCGCCGGCUCAACAGGAAGCGGAUGCCUCGAACAAGGCCCUGCCCGAGGGUAGCAAAAUGUCCAAGUUCCUGGACGACUUCACGUCCGCGUUCAAGCAGGGCACGGCCAAGAUGAAGGAGAGCCUGGAGAGCGCCGCCAGCUCGGUGAAGGACGGUGUGCUGCAGGGUUACGACUACGUGCGGAGCAAGCUAACCGGUGUCAAGCCGGAACAGCCACCACCGAGCAGCGGUGAGGACGAGACCGCCGAACACGCCACGUCCACGUCGACGGCUGGCGCGCUAACGUCGGAGCCGGCCCCUCAACCGGAAGCUACGGGCGCCACCGCCGGCACCGCAUCCCCAUCAACCAGGAGACCGCAAUCACCAGCAAUCAGCAGCAGCAGCAGUGGAAGUGGCAGCGCCGAGCCGAGCCUGGUGGCGUUCGGUGGCGCUGUCGGUGUCUCCAACGAGCCGGCCCAGAUCGUGCCGAACGACGACGACGACGACGAGCGAAUCAUCUUCAACGACAAGGACUACAAGGGUGACCUGAACGGUGGCGGGGCCGGUGACGGUGACAGCGGGGGCGACCGGGACGUGACGGAGACGCCCGUCCCGACGACGUCGUCAGUCACGGUGGACAAUCGGUUCAUCAUCGCGGGGCCGCUCGCUUGCAAGUCCGGCCAGGAGGUGGUCAAUGGCAAGUGCCGAAAUAUAUUUUGAGCACCUUCAUCCCCAACCACCCCCCCCCCGUUCCUUGACCCGGUGCCAGGUUGCCUUUUCGCUGCUCGAGGAUUUGGCGGCGCUCUCAAAACCUUCCCUCGCCAACGAAAGUGAACCUCCCUUUGAUGGAUGGAAGGAGAAGCGGGUGGGGUGCCAGCUGGAAGGGUGUUGCUUUAUUUCGGGAGCGGCUUAGGCUUUCAGGGCCGGCCAGUUUGCCCCCCCUUCCCCCUCCGGGCCGUUAAGAAGUGUGAUUUGUUAAUUUAGUUCUAUUACCCGUCAUCACGAUCAUCACGAUUACCACACAGACUCACACAGACACUCACAAACCUGCAGGCGUUAAGGCGGAUAUAUGUAUCCGUCGUGCGCAACCGACCUCACUCGCUGCCGUCCACCCAACCUCCACCAGCCAAAAACAGUGUGAGGUGUGAGGUCUUGGGCGUGCGGUUGAAACGGCUGAAAUAAAACCGACAAUAAAAUGGAUUCGAAAC